AUGUGCGUCUAUGUACUACGGCAUGUCUGUAUAGGCAAUCUCAGGAGUAGCGCCGCGUACCUGCAUCUGCCGGCACACUGGCCACACAGGAACGGCGCACACGGGGGCCCAGUAUGUCGCAAUCAAACGCAGGCACCCAAGCAGAGCAGAGGGCGGGGCCCCCUUUUUGCGUGCAUUUGGGGCGCUGAAGAUGGCGAUGGUGGUGCGGCGAGAGAGAAUGGAUGGACCUGUCAAGAGCAAGGCCGUUGGUUGCGCACGGAUGUUUCGUCGGCUGGAGGCUCUCUGGGAUUUGCGGCCUGCUUGCCUCUGGUUUCACUCCUGACCGGCUUGAAACCUUCAUUUUAG